AGCUGGCCUCGGGGGUCCCGGCGCGUCGCAGCCUGGUACGGUGUGUGAGAACGUGUCCUCUUCCCCGGGGAACCCCGACUGAGCAGAGCGGCCGGCCGCAGCCGUGAGACGCCCGGCGUUGCGCCGUGGUGCUCGGGGGUGCUGUCGGUCGGCCUCGCUUCUCCGCGAGCUCCGGGCUCGUGAGUGAGCUCUGGGAAGAACUAAAUUAUUAACAUUCAAGCCAGGCAUCCUUGGUGGCUCACACCUUUAAUCCCAGCACUCAGGAGGCUGAGGUGACUCUGAAUUUUCCUGCAGAAUGAAUAUCCUCUCAAAAGGUUGGCCAUGAUGAGUAAACUGCAGCUAAAGGAAGAAAAGAUGCUGGAGGUUCAAUUUGUGGGAGAUGAUGAUGUUCUUAAUCAUAUUCUUGAUAGAGAAGGAGGGGCUAAAUUAAAGAAGGAGAGAGCUCAGAUUUUGGUUAAUCCCAAGAAAAUAAUAAAGAAGCCAGAAGAAUUGGAGGAAAGUGAACAGGAAGUCUUGAAGGAUCAAAACUAUGUGGAAGUUUUGGGAAGAAGUAUUCAAGAAUCCCUAAACAAUGGCUCUGCUGCAGAUGGUGGAAAUAAAGUUUAUUCUUUUCAAAGUAAAAAGCACCCUGCAAAGAUGGCUAAAUUAGCUUCGGAACUGGCAAAAACACCAAAAAAAAGUAUUCUAUUUGAUUUGAAGACUGAUCCAGUAAUGAUGACAAACAUUACUCAAAAAAACAAGGGAAGUUCUGCUUCAGAUAAAGUUCAGCAGAAGAACAGUGACACAAGAGAACUUCCAUCAACUCCACCUCGUAGUCUACGGAAAAGAUUAGUAGCGCCAAAGUCUCAUUCUGACAGUGAAAGUGAAUAUUCUGCUUCUAACUCAGAGGAUGAUGAAGGGCUUACAAAUGAGUAUGAAGAAGGCACUAAUAAUGCAGGCAUGGUCAGCCAAAAGAUUCAAGCUCAGGAUAGAGUGCUCUCAGCUUCUGUUUGCAAAGGGACACCUCCCAAGAAAACGAAAAGAGACAAAACAAGUGACUUAGUAGAAGAAUAUUUCGAGGCUCAUAGCAGUUCCAGAGUUUUAACCUCUGACAGAACACUGCAGAAGCUAAAAAGAGCUAAACUGGAUCAGCAAACUCUACGUAACUUAUUGAGCAAGUUCUCACCUUCAUUUUCUGCUGAAAUUAAACAAUUAAAUCAACAAUAUGAAAAAUUAUUUCAUAAAUGGAUGCUACAGUUACACCUUGGAUUCAACAUUGUACUUUAUGGUUUGGGUUCUAAGAGAGAUUUACUAGAAAGGUUUCGAACUGCUAUGCUCCAAGAUUCUGUUCACGUUGUCAUCAAUGGCUUCUUUCCUGGAAUCAACGUGAAAUCAAUCCUGAAUUCUAUAACUGAAGAAGUUCUCAAUCAUACCGGUACUUUCCGAAGUGUACUGGAUCAGCUAGACUGGAUAAUGAACAAAUUUAAAGAAGAUUCCUCUUUACAACUCUUCCUCCUUAUCCACAAUUUGGAUAGCCAAAUGUUGAGAGGAGACAAUAGUCAGCAAAUUCUUGGACAGUUGUCAUCUUUGCAUAACGUGUACCUUAUAGCAUCUAUUGAUCACCUCAAUGCUCCUCUUAUGUGGGAUCAUGCAAAGCAGAGUCUUUAUAAUUGGCUCUGGUAUGAAACUACUACAUAUAAUCCUUAUACUGAAGAAACCUCCUACGAGAAUUCUCUCCUGGUUAAACAGUCUGGAUCUUUGCCACUUAGUUCUCUGAUUCAUGUCAUACGAAGCCUUACUCCUAAUGCAAGGGGGAUUUUCAGGAUACUAAUAAAGUACCAACUGGAUAACCAAGAUAACCCCUCCUACAUGGGACUUUCUUUUCAAGAUUUUUACCAGCAAUGUCGGGAAGCAUUCCUUGUCAAUAGUGAUCUAACACUUCGAGCCCAGUUAACUGAAUUUAGGGACCACAAACUUAUAAGAACAAAGAAGGGAACUGAUGGAGUGGAGUAUUUAUUAAUUCCUGUUGACAACGGAACAUUGACUGACUUCUUGGAAAAGGAAGAGGAGGAGGCAUAAGCUGUCCUUACUCUUGAACUUGAUGUUGAAGGGUGAAUGUACCCCGGCUACCACUCCUCUAGACAAGUGUUGUGUUUACAUCCAACAUUAGAUUGUUUUCCAGCAUACAAGAUUUAAUAUUGGAGGGGUAUGUCAUCAAUUAGAACUUCUGAUUAGCCUGGCUGGUGUACUAUGUCUAAUACUAUGCAGUGGUCAUCGAGUUGGAAAAUAUGUGCCUUUACUUCAUUACCUCUCUGGAGACCUUGCUGGGAUGAACAGUGUGCUCAGGGAUAAUUUGGAACUGGAUGCUUUUGAAUUAUUUUGUACAAGAUGCUAUUCCUAGUUUUUGAGGGCCCUUUAACACUCGCAGAGCUAAUUGAUUGCAAAGGUGCUGUGGCAGAGUCUGACAGUACACCGAUGGGAAUCACACAAAUGUGUUCUUUCUGUGGGCUGGAACUUAGGAACAGAGAAGGCAGAUCAUCUCUUGUCGUUUCAGAAAUAUCACGCAGAUGCAGAUGGAAUAUUGAGCCAUCAGCUUUCCCUUUGUGGAGUUAGGUUACUUUGUGGGAGAGGAAGGGUACUCAAGCGGGAGGAGUAUGAGGAGUAUGUAGGGCACAAUGCCCAAUGUAGGAAGCACAUGAACUUGGGACUGUGAUAUUUGAAAGUUAAUGUCUAUACCAUGACUUUGAUUUUCGUGGUACAAGAAGCCAGGCUAAGAAAAUCCUGAAUUGCAUUUUAGUAUUUGUUUUCAGAACAAUAUAAAAUUAAGGACACUUCAUACAUAUUGACAUUUUUCUUUCCUUGAAUAAUAUACAAGUACAUAGCAUUGUAAUGGUUGCCUGAAAAAUCCUGAUUUCUCUUUUAAGCAGACAAAACUCACCAUAAAAAUAUUUUUUCUUAAAGAGAUUAUUUUAAGCAUCCUAAAUAGUUCUGUGAGCCUUUUUUCUUAGGAAAGAUAAAAAGGCUAAACUUGGCCAUUGUUGUCAGCUUCCAUUCUUCACAUACAUCCUGAAAUACUUCACAUUUGGAAAUGAAAUCCUUUAUUAAAAAAUCACUAAUAAAA